AUGAACUCCUCCUCCCUCUUCAUUUUUGCCGCCUGUAUCUUUCUUUAUUUUCUAAACCCCACUAGAGCUGCCACGUGUCACCCUGAUGACGAGGCCGGUCUUCUAGCUUUCAAAUCAGGUAUAACUGAAGAUCCUUCGGGUAUUCUCAGUACAUGGAAGAAAGGAACUGAUUGCUGUUCAUGGAACUCAAUCUUUUGCUUCAACAAAAGGGUCUACAGAAUCUUUAUCGAGAUUCCAUUCGAUUCAGAUGGUUCUAGAAACUUCCUCUCCGGCACAAUCUCACCGUCUCUAGCCAAACUCCAACACCUCAGCGACAUUACGUUAGUUAAUCUCAAAAACGUCACCGGACCGUCUCCACAGUUCCUUUUCCAGUUACCAAAACUAGACAACCUUAUUCUCGACUCUGUCGGUCUCUCCGGUCCACUUCCGGUUAAAAAAAUCGGUUCCCUAAUAAAGUUAACCGGGUUUCAAAUCCCAGGAAACCGGUUUACUGGUCCAUUCCCUAAUUCACUAUCCAAAUUGACUCGUCUACAAUAUGUAGAUAUUUCGUGGAACGACAUAUCAGGGAGUCCAGUAAGGUUCUUGAAUCAGGCGGAGAAUCUUUGGGAGUUCCACGCAACGGGGAACAAACUCCGAUUUGAUUUUGGAAAAGUUAAAAUCCCUGAGAGGCUUGACAAGCUUGUUCUGUCAACGAACUUGAUAUAUGGGAGAGUACCACCGAGUGUGGCCAGCCUCGAGGAAUUAAAUGUGAGAGACAACCAUCUCUGUGGAGAACUUCCAAAACUUCCACCAGGGAGGUUUUAUACCAGUGAUUUCGAAGGCAACGAUUGUCUCUGUGGCUUUCCGCUUCCUCCAUGUAAGGCUUGA